AUAACAGACCAUGAAACUUUAUAAAAUGGCUGUGAAAAUAAGGUUUUCCAAACUAGCACUAAAGACUAAAAGAAGACACCAACAACCGCAUCAGUACUACAUCAACCAUGGCUGUUAUUCAGAGAAAUCCACUGCGCUUGGUCCUCCUGGGCAAGACAGGGGUUGGCAAAAGUGCCGCAGGAAACACCAUUCUGGGUAAGAAGGCAUUUGUGUCUGCCGUUAGAGCCACAUCUGUUACAAAGGAAUGCACAGCUCAAACAGCAGUGAUCAACCUACAACCUAUUACAGUGAUUGACACACCUGGCUUAUACGACACAUCAAUUCCUAAUGACAGUAUUGUGGAAGAAAUUAUAAAAGGCUUGUGGCUGAGCGCGCCUGGUCCUCAUGCAUUUCUUCUUCUGCUUGAUGUGAGGCGUCACACUGAAGAAGAAAGAAACACUGUCAAGAUAUUUAAAGAAAUCUUUGGUGAUGAUGUGUGCAAGUAUGUGAUUAUACUGUUCACUCAUGGAGAUGAUCUUGAGUUUGAUGAUAAAAGCAUCGAGGACUACAUCACAGAAGCUGGAUCUGACCUUCAGGAGCUGAUAAGAUCGUGUGGAAAUAGAUAUCAUGUUUUUAACAACAGGUCAAAAGACCACACACAGGUGCUGAAAUUCAUGCACAUACUUAAAAAGAUGCUGGAAGAAAACAAUCAUUGUUACUAUAACUAUGAACUGUUUAAAACUGCAGAGGCUCUGAAAGAGGCAAAAGCAACUGAAAAAGACUGGGAAAAGAGAUUAAGAGAAUUGGAGAAUCAAGUGCGGGAUCUGCAAAGUAAAAGCAAACUAUGCAUUAUAAUCUAGUGGAGAACAUACAGUAUGAUGUUUUUUUGACAAGACAAAAGCAGAGAAUAUAAAAGAGAUUGUUAGCACAUGAAUUUUAUUUUUUAAUGUGUGAAGUAGCUUAUUUCUGUAUACAAUGACAAACUUUUUGUUGAGAAUUUCUUAUAAGGGAAUUUUUAUGGGGAUCUUUCUGUCUGAAUGUAUUUGUGUCAACUGCUCCUUUAAUUACUGAUAAUGUUUUUUCUGCUUCAGUAAUACUUAGUAAAACAUGGUUAUAAAAUUCAGAUCAGAUUAUAGGUAGACAGGAAAACCUAUUUGUAUUGAAACUAUUUACUAGCCCGAGGACAAUCGUUGGUCUAAUACUGCUAUUUUUGGUGGAAAAUGUAUGUCAUGUAGUAUAAUGUAUACUGUAAUGUGGUACAAUUUACAUAUAUAAGAGGUGUUUUAGUGUGUCUAGAAAAAAAUGUCAGCUGUUUCAAGUGACAGAGCAAUAUGCAGAGAGUACUAUGGGGUAUGUAUAAUUGUCUGGGGAAAUUCUGAUUUUAUUACAAAUGCUGUUUAUUUAUAUAAUGUCAUCACUGUCAAUGUUUAUUUUUAAAUAAAGUCAAACACAUUUAUUGUA